GAGGCAUUUAAUAUUUUAAUAUUUUACGCCAUGGGUCAGCAAAUAAUCAACUGCGACAAGCAACCAGAUUACAUCAAGAAAGAGAAGCCGUACAAAAGUGCCAAGUACGAGGCAGCCUUCCGGGAAUCACUCGAAAAUCCGGAAAAAUUCUGGUCCGAUAUCGGCCACUAUGUGGACUGGACCAAGCCAUGGGAUCGAGUGCUCGACAACAGCAACGAGCUCUUCACCAAAUGGUUCGUGGGCGGCGAGACGAACGCCUGCUACAACGCCGUGGACCGUCACGUGGCGGCGGGCCUCGGCUCGAAGGUCGCCCUCGUCCACGACUCGCCGAUGACUCAGACGAUCCGCAAAGUCACCUACGCCGAGCUGCUGGACCAGACCUCGAGACUGGCCGGGGUACUGCACGAUCUGGGGGUGAGGAAAGGCGACCGAGUGAUCAUCUACAUGCCGGUCAUUCCCGAGACCAUAGUGGCUAUGUUGGCGGUGGCUAGGUUGGGCGCCAUCCAUUCGGUCGUUUUUGGCGGCUACGCAGCCAAGGAACUCGAGACGAGAAUCAAUCACGCCGAGCCAAAGGCCAUCAUAGCUGCUAGCUGCGGUCUCGAGCCCAACAAAGUCGUCAGAUACGCGGACAUGCUGAACGAGGCGCUGAGCAGCGUGAGCGCGCCUCGGCCCAGCUGCCUGAUCUUCCAGCGUCGGCGGAUCUGGUCGGCCGAGCUGCUCGAUCGCCAGUACGACUGGGACGAGCUGAUGGACUUGGCCGAGCCGCGUCCCUGUGUGCCCGUCGAGGCCAACGAGCCCCUCUACGUGCUCUACACGUCGGGCACGACCGACAAGCCCAAGGGUGUGCAGAGGCCACUGGGCGGCCACAUCGCCACUCUGUGCUGGAGCAUGAAGGCCCUCUACGGCAUGGACAAGGAUUCGGUCUGGCUCGCUGCGUCGGAUCUCGGCUGGGUCCUCGGCUCGUCCUACACCUGCUACGCGCCUCUGCUCUGGGGCUGCACCAGCGUCAUUUACGAGGGCAAACCCGACAGGACGCCCGAUUGCGAGCAGUACUUUAGACUCGUCGAGCAGCACAAAAUCAACGGGAUAUUCACGGUGCCGACGGCCUUCAGAGUGCUGAGGGCCGUUGAUCCACGCUCGCUCGUGGCGAAAAAGUACUCGCUGAAAACGCUGAAGGUCAUAUACGUGGCCGGCGAGCACUGCGAUCACGAGGCCAAGACCUGGGCCGAGAAGAGCUUCAAGGUGCCGAUUCUGAAUCACUGGUGGCAGACCGAGACCGGCCACGCCAUCACGGCCACCUGCCUCGGCCUCGAGCAGAGGAGCGCCGAUCAGCCCGAGUUCAGCGCCGGCAAGCCCUUCCCCGGCUACGACGUCCGCGUGCUCAGGGAGGACGGCAACGAGGCCGAGCCCGACGAGUUGGGCAGGAUCGUGGUGAAGCUGCCCCUGCCACCCGGCACCCUGUCCAGCCUCUAUCGAGCCGACGACAGAUUCAAAGACACCUACUUUUCCAGACAUCCGGGCUACUACGACACGAUGGACGCGGGCUACGUGGACGCCCGAGGCUACGUCUACGUGACGGCCCGCGACGACGACGUCAUCAACGUGGCCGGACACCGGCUGUCCACCUCGGCCGUGGAGAACGUCGUGUUCGCCCACCCGGACGUGAGCGACGCGGUGGUGUUCGGCGUGCCGGACCGCACCAAGGGCCAGAUCCCGGCCUGCCUGUACGUGCCGAGGCCCGGCCUACCCGGAACCGAGGAGCAGCUGACGGCCGAGCUGGUGGCUGGGGUGCGCGACGCCAUCGGGCCCGUGGCCUCGUUCAAGGUCGCCGCUGCCGUCGAGGCGCUGCCGCGGACGCGCACCGGCAAGGCCUGCAGAAAAGCCAUUUCCGAUUUGGCGAGCUCGAGACAGAUCAAGAUACCGAGCACGAUAGAGGAUGCCUCGGCCUUCAUCCAAGUCAAGAGAGUCCUUCAGAAAUUAGGCUACGCCGAGAACGCGCCCGAUCCCGUUUAG